GUGAAAUGAUUGCAAUGACAGCAGAAAAUGAGGAGUUUUUUAAAAUGAUUGAAGAAUCUCCUGUACAAGACAGCACACUGCAACUUUCAGAUGCACCUAAAGUGGAUGAGACAUAUUCAGAAAAGCUUCAAGAAAAUAUAAAAAAGAUGGAUAAAGAGAAAUGGGUGAAAGAGCAAGAGGAAAUAAUUAAAAGGGAGAAACGAAAAAAUGAGAAGGAAGCAGAAAAAAUUAGAAAAGAAAGAGCAAGAAUACAACAGCUUGAGACAGAUAUUACUAAGAGAAGAAUUGCUCUUGAUGAGGAGUAUAAAAAGAAACUCCUUCAAGAGACUUUUUUAAGGACGACACGUCCGGCAUCUGGUGGCGGUGGCGGUGGCGGUGGGUGUGUGAUUCUGUGACAUUGUCAGCUGAUUGUGACUGCUAUUAAUAUUAUAAUAGCUGUUAGUGUAUUUUUGUAGCUAUAGACUAGCUAUUGACAUCUAGCAGUACUUCAAUGUUAUAAUAGCUCUCGUAUUGUUUUUGCCACUUUUAUUUGUGUAUGAUUUGUUUAUAGUUUCUUUCAUUAUUAAUGACUCAACACUACCA